GCACGGGCGCCUGCGCGCUGGCUGCUCACUCGCUCCAGUCGCUGUGUCGGGGCUUCGGACCGGCUGCCAUCUUAGUCCGGGGACUGAGGAGUUGCCGCCGCCCGGAGUCCCGGUAACAUGCAUUUCACAGUGGCCUUCUGGAGACAACGCCUUAACCCAAAUAAGUGACUCAAACUGUGAGAACUUCAGGUUUGCUGACCUAUCGGUGGUAUGUCUGAAAGUGGAUCACAACUUGGUUCAAUGGGUAGCCUGACCAUGAAAUCACAACUUCAGAUCACUGUCAUCUCAGCAAAACUUAAAGAAAACAAAAAGAAUUGGUUUGGACCAAGUCCUUAUGUAGAAGUCACAGUAGAUGGACAGUCAAAGAAGACAGAAAAAUGCAACAAUACGAACAGUCCCAAGUGGAAGCAACCCCUUACAGUUAUCGUCACCCCUAUGAGUAAAUUAAAUUUUCGUGUAUGGAGUCACCAGACACUGAAAUCUGAUGUUUUGUUGGGAACUGCUGGAAUAGAUAUUUAUGAAACAUUAAAGACAAACAAUAUGAAACUUGAAGAAGUAGUUGUGACUUUGCAGCUUGUGGGUGACAAAGAGCCAACAGAGACAAUAGGAGACCUGUCGAUUUGUCUUGAUGGGUUGCAGUUAGAGUCUGAAGUUAUUACUAAUGGUGAAACUACAUGUUCAGAAAGUGCUUCUCAGAAUGAUGAUGGCUCCAGAUCCAAGGAUGAAACCAGAGUGAACACAAAUGAAUCAGAUGACCCUGAGGAUGCAGGGUCUGGUGAAAAUAGGAGAGCCAAUGGCAAUAAUUCUCCAUCACUCUCAAAUGGUGGUUUUAAACCUUCUCGACCUCCAAGACCUUCACGACCACCACCACCCACCCCACGUAGACCAGCGUCUGUCAAUGGCUCACCAUCUGCCACUUCUGAAAGUGAUGGAUCUAGUACAGGCUCUCUGCCACCAAACAAUGCAAAUACAAAUACAUCUGAUGGAGCAACAUCUGGAUUAAUCAUUCCUCUUACUAUAUCUGGAGGCUCAGGCCCCAGACCAUUAAAUCCUGUAAGUCAAGCUCCCUUACCACCUGGUUGGGAGCAGAGAAUGGACCAGCAUGGGCGAGUUUACUAUGUUGAUCAUGUUGAGAAAAGAACCACGUGGGAUAGACCAGAACCUCUGCCUCCUGGCUGGGAGCGGCGUGUUGAUAACAUGGGACGUAUUUAUUAUGUUGACCAUUUCACAAGAACAACAACGUGGCAGAGGCCAACAGUGGAAUCUGUCCGGAACUAUGAACAGUGGCAGCUACAACGUAGUCAGCUUCAAGGGGCGAUGCAACAGUUCAACCAGAGAUUCAUUUAUGGGAAUCAAGAUCUGUUUGCUACAUCACAAAAUAAAGAAUUUGAUCCUCUUGGUCCUUUGCCACCUGGAUGGGAGAAGAGAACAGACAGCAAUGGCAGAGUAUAUUUUGUGAACCACAACACUCGAAUUACACAAUGGGAAGACCCUAGAAGUCAAGGUCAAUUAAAUGAAAAGCCCUUACCUGAAGGUUGGGAAAUGAGAUUCACAGUGGAUGGAAUUCCAUAUUUUGUGGACCACAAUAGACGAACAACCACCUAUAUAGAUCCCCGCACAGGAAAAUCUGCCCUAGACAACGGACCCCAGAUAGCCUAUGUUCGGGACUUCAAGGCAAAGGUUCAGUAUUUCCGGUUCUGGUGUCAGCAACUGGCCAUGCCACAGCAUAUAAAGAUUACAGUGACAAGAAAAACAUUGUUUGAGGAUUCCUUUCAACAGAUAAUGAGCUUCAGUCCUCAAGAUCUGCGAAGACGUUUGUGGGUGAUUUUUCCAGGAGAAGAAGGUUUAGAUUAUGGAGGUGUAGCAAGAGAAUGGUUCUUUCUUUUGUCACAUGAAGUGUUGAACCCAAUGUAUUGCCUGUUUGAAUAUGCAGGGAAGGAUAACUACUGCUUGCAGAUAAACCCCGCUUCUUACAUCAAUCCAGAUCACCUGAAAUACUUUCGUUUUAUUGGCAGGUUUAUUGCCAUGGCUCUGUUCCAUGGGAAGUUUAUAGACACAGGUUUUUCUUUACCAUUCUAUAAGCGUAUCUUGAACAAACCAGUUGGACUCAAGGAUUUAGAAUCUAUUGAUCCAGAAUUUUACAAUUCUCUCAUCUGGGUUAAAGAAAACAAUAUUGAGGAAUGUGGUUUGGAAAUGUACUUCUCUGUCGACAAAGAAAUUCUAGGUGAAAUUAAGAGUCAUGAUUUGAAACCCAAUGGCGGAAAUAUUCUUGUAACAGAAGAAAAUAAAGAGGAAUACAUCAGGAUGGUAGCUGAAUGGAGAUUGUCUCGAGGUGUUGAAGAACAGACUCAAGCCUUUUUUGAGGGCUUUAAUGAGAUUCUUCCCCAGCAAUAUUUGCAAUACUUUGAUGCCAAGGAAUUAGAGGUCCUUUUAUGUGGAAUGCAAGAAAUUGAUUUGAAUGACUGGCAAAGACAUGCCAUCUACCGUCAUUACACAAGGACAAGCAAACAAAUCAUGUGGUUUUGGCAGUUUGUUAAAGAAAUCGAUAAUGAGAAGAGAAUGAGACUUCUGCAGUUUGUUACUGGAACCUGUCGUUUGCCAGUAGGAGGAUUUGCUGAUCUCAUGGGAAGCAAUGGACCACAGAAAUUCUGCAUUGAAAAAGUUGGGAAAGAAAACUGGCUACCCAGAAGUCAUACCUGUUUUAACCGCCUGGACCUGCCACCAUACAAGAGCUACGAGCAACUGAAGGAAAAGCUGUUGUUUGCCAUUGAAGAAACAGAAGGGUUUGGACAGGAGUAACUUCUGAGAACUUGCAUCACAAAAGGACAAGAACUUAUUUUCAGUAUUCGUCCUUUUCCUUCUCUGUCUGCUGCACAUGUUGUAAAAUUGAACUGUGACUGUUUGGAGAGUUUUUUGAGUAUAAGUAAUCAUUGAGAUUUAUCUCCCAGUGAUUCUGGAUUUCUACUUAAUGUUUCAAGAAAUCAGACCUGCAAAUGAAUAGUCAAAACUUUAUUUAACAUGAGAUUUAACACAGCAAUGAAAUCUGCCUUGUCUUAUUCCACUAGAUUGUUUCCUUAACAACAAUUUUGUAUAUGUGUCAAAAGUCUCACUUGGGAGUAGGAUUUUUUUCUUUAAGCGAUUCUGCAGAUAUGCAGGGAUGUCUCUUGGUAACUGCAAUAUACAAGAUCUUCCUAUUAAGCCUCUUAGUAAGAGGUAUUUGUUAAAAGUGCAAGCUUAGUCCAGUUUCUGGGAUUGUGUGCAAACUUCCAGCUUGUGCUCUCCCUCACAUUUCAGCCUGGCUUGACUGUUGUUUUUCCUUUCUGGAGCAUGAAUCGAUGCAUCACUCCUGGAAGUAAUACAAGACUCUUGCACUUCCCUACAGAGUAGUUUUGUCAAUUGGAAUUCAGGGAAUAGUUGAUCCCAGCCUGUACAUGACUUCAUACCUCUCUUCAUUUUGAAGUUUGAUUGUUUUAAUUGCCUGGCAAAUACUAAACUUUACAAACAUUAUUAACACUGUGGUUCCUCCACUGUUUUUUAAAAAAUGCUCCUAUACAUUAUUUGAAGCUUUGUGAUUUUAUCAUAAUCCAGCAACUUCAGUUGCAUUUAAUUACUGCUGAGGAGUUCAGGUUGUAACCAGUGUGCUUUCUAGUUCAAAUAGGUCAGUGAAACAGCUUCUGAAAUUACAUUUUCAUUUGGGAGGGAGACCUGUAGUACUGACUAAAAAGGGAAGAUAAAACCUAGAAACCACAGAAAUGUAUUCUCUGUGUGAAUUAAAAGUCUUCAAAUUUCUCAUUUCUCUGAUGUAUAGUGGAAUAGUCAUUUCUGGCCUUUACAUUAUUCUCAGUUGGAUUUAUAUCCCUCAUCUGCAAUGUUCUUCUCACCCCUAAAAAAUUUUAGCAGGUUUUCCUUUUUUGUCAUGACUAUUUAAUUUUAGACUGUUCUGUCAGUAACCAAUUAAUGCACUUUGAACUUCUCUGUAGUUCUUUUAACUUGACCUAGCUUAGACUGUCAAGAUGCUUACUGUCAUAGAUUUGACUUUAUGGGCAGUGGGUAAAGCCUAAGCCAGCUGAGUCCCUAUGAUAACUGAACCCUGAGGACAGCCUCCUAACUCGUAACAGGGACUUUGCCAUGUUUCAGUAGUACAGCAUGAGCAAGUAGCAUUAAGACAAGAAUAAACAGAGUAACAGGCUCUUGUUCCAUAUAGGAGGGAAAUGGUGUUUUGUUUUGUUUUAUUCUCUAACUGCUCUUCCUGUCUGUGUCUUGGAACAAUAAAACAUUUUUUAACCUGUGUAUCUGUACUCUAAGACACUGCCGUCAUAAAGCAGAGGCUUAUGUGAGUGAAAGGGUUUCCUCAUCAAGAAAUUGUCAGUGUAAAGAGACUAGGCUCUCCCCAGCCCUAUCUUUGUUUUUGUUUUUUUGUUUUUUAAUAUACCCCAGGAAAUGUAUUGUGGUCUCCAGUAGCCCUAGUUGUUUCCAAAAUAGGGACUCUGCCUUUUUAUUGGUAGGGGAAAAAGACGAUAUUGCUUUGUCUUACAGAGCGAAUGUCUGCCAACUACCCAUUCGUUAUGUAAGUCUGAACUCUGGUAAUACAUGGCGAAGAUUAAGCCUUCUAUAAAGACUUCCUGCUAAGGUGAAUUCUCAUACUGAAAUGCAGUUACCGACAACAUUUACUAGAGAUUUAUGAGAUUAAAUUAAGAGAUAAUGUAAGAAAAUAGACUUUUUUGGUUCUACAUAAUGCUUCCUGAUUGAUUUAGGGACCUAGAAAUCUUGUGUGAAAAUGUAUAAAUAUCACCCAAAAGGCUUUCUGCCCUAUAUUUUUAAAAUACAGAAUAGUUAUAUUUGAAGUAGCCCUGGCCCUAGUUCUAUAGGGCUUGGCUGUUUAAUAUUUUUAUGGAAGAAACGUUUAGUUCUGGAAAAGGUAAAUGCUUGUAUAUAUUUUUGCAGCCAGGGAUCUCCCUAUUCCAUUCUUCCUUUAAUUUAAGUGGCCACAUGUAUAUGUCUUCCCUGCUGUGUUAGGAAAAUGGGGGCUGGAUAUCCCAAGAAUCAGAGGUUAUGUUAAAAUACUGCAACUAGACAGCAGACAUAAAUAUCUACCAAAUGCUAUCUUAAAUUUUGGUCCAGACUGAACAUUUGGAAAUAGACUUAUUGUAAGUAUUUAAUUUGAAUUUUUAAAAUCUGAACUAAAUUGCUUUUUAGAAUCCUUUUUCUUUGUGAGCAUUGUAAAUGCUAAUAAAUCCUGGUUCUUUUUUUGUUUGUUUUUUUACUGCAUGUUAUGUUGAAAUAAAAACGAAGUAAAAUGAG